UUUUUAACUGGAUUGCAGAGCGCUCCCGGUGCGCUAAUCUGGGUUUCCCAUAUUUUUUGACUGCAGCAAUCCGGAUUAACGUAGUUAAACUGCGGAAGGUGUUUGCUGGUUUUCAGAGCGAUGUUGCCAGGGUCUAUUCAGAUCUCUGGGGAGACUUUAUCCAGUGCAGAAAUUCGGGAUAUUUGUGAGAGCUUGCGGGAGAACUCCAUCAAACUGCUUUCCCUCCGUGGUUGCCAACUAUCAGACAGAGAUUUCGGUCGCAUCUGCAAGGGGGUGGCAGAGUCUCAUUCCCUGGCUCAACUUAACCUUAACUUGGGGAUUGUUUCCAAUAUCAAUCGGGUCAAGCAAUUGGCUGAAGCUCUGAAGACAAACCGCUCGGUCCAAUCAUUAUUCCUUCAUGGGAGUCCUCUGACAGAUGCUGGUCUGGCCAUUCUCAACCCAGCUUUAUCCAUCCAUCCAUCCCUCGUGGCCUUGGAUUUGGGGGACUGCAUGCUGGGGGAUGAAGGUAUCAACUUGAUUUGUGGCCUUCUUCCUCCUGAUGGGGCCAAGUCAGGAUUGAAGGAACUGACUCUCAGUGCAAAUUCUGGCAUCACCCCCAAGGGAUGGGGACGUCUGGCUAUUGCAGUGGCUCAUAGUUCACAGGUGCGAGUGUUGAACUUGGACUACAAUCCCCUGGGUGACCAGAUAGCAGCAAUGCUGGCUGUUUCAGUGGCAUCCAGCCGCACCUUAGAAGUUUUAGACUUGGAAGGGACAGGACUUACCAACCAGUCAGCUAUGAUCCUAUUGGACAUGGUGGAAAACUAUCCAACAGCUCUGAAGACAUUGAUCCUGGCAGAGAACAACAUUAGUCCUGAACUACAGCAGCAAAUCUCAGACCUUCUUUCAGAGGGAGAGGAAGAUGAUGAGACUGUGAACCAUGAAGUGAUGGCCAGAGAGAAGAAUUCCUGGAUCUGUCAAAGCAGAUGAAAUCUUAAUAGAAGCCGAUGGAUACUAAAUUUGAAUAUAAACUAAUAGUUAAUGCUUUCAUGGAGAUGGCAAGCCACUUCCAAAAUCUUUUCAAGAAAACUGCAGGGAAGACUUCUGGGAAAGAAAUGACAAGCUGAAGAUGGCACCACAAAGGUUGAAGCUGACCAUGACAUAAUGAAGACCCAGCGAGUAGACUGCCUCUCCAUAAUUUAUCUCUGGACAAUGAGAGGACUUGAGAUCACCCACAAGUGCUCCAGAUAGUUGGUCCUCAUGGGGAGAUCACAAGAAAGUGAUCUCAGUAGCUUUAAAGCUCUGGGAGAUGAGGGAAUAGCUAUCUUGUUCAAACUCCAUUUGGCUCCUCAAAAAGACACUUGGCUUGCAUACCUCCUUUCCUAAUCACUUUUGGAAAAUAUUUAUUAACUGCUUUUCAGCUAUUAGGAACUUUCAAAUCAACAAAUUUUACAACACCCAGUGAGUCUCCUUCAAUCCUUUAUAAGUUUGAAAUAGCAAUAGCCUUUAGUCUUAUAUACUGCUUUACAGUGCUUUACAGCCCUUUCUAAGCAGGUUACAGAGUCAGCAUAUUGCCCUCAACAAUCUGGGUCUUUAUUUUACCGACCUCUGAAGGAUGGAGUCAACAUAACAGUUGUAAAUCUGUUAAAAAGUUAUUAUCCAGGGUUAUUCUGUCUUACUAUUUGUAAUUCCAUUUUGUCGGUCAUCUCCAACUUAUAGUCCAGAAUUUAUUUCCAAGUAUUUCUGCAUUAAUACUUGUUCAUCCCUUUCUUGUCAGUCUUCCAAAAUAUUCUGUCAGUUAUUGUUUCUUUUUUGGAAGUAAUACAUUCUUAUACUGUAGGAAAACAGUUGCAGAUUAGC